AUGACUUCUCAAGUCGCACCCCGUCUGUCUGGUGCGUUCCAGAACGCCAAACAAGACUUUUUGGCUUCACUGAAGGACCCAUCUCUAUUCAACAGUGUAUCCAAUAUCAAAUCAAUUGAUGAGGUUUACGCGUUCGCUGCUCAGCUUCAGCAGGACCAGAGUAAACGCGAGGGAUUACGGCACCUUUGCAAGAUCGCGCCUUACUUAGACCGACUAAAGCAAUAUGCUGGCGUCAUCGAAGUGUUCAUCCAAGCCAAGCCCGAUAUUCUGGCGCUCAUAUGGGGGCCCAUCAAGCUCCUUCUGCAAAUGUCAGAUAAUUUGACGCAGUCCUUCGAUGCUAUCGUGGAAGCGAUAACUGGAAUCGGUAACAAGCUGCCUCUUUUCGAGGCUUAUACCAAUAUUUUCGAGACUACCGAUCGAGUUCUUGACGUACUGGUAUUGUUUUACAAGGACAUCUUGGACUUUUACGAAAUCGUGUUGAAUUUCUUCGCGGCAAAACGUUGGGUUAUCGUUUUCGAUUCAGUGUGGCCAAGGUACAAAGCCAAGAUCAACGUUGUCGUCAGCAGCAUCGAACGACAUUCCUUGCUGAUGACGGAGGAGGUCAGUUUGGCGAACAUCAGCGAAGCGCGUGCGGCUCGAAUUGCCGAUAUGGAUCGUUGGCAACGGACUUUCGAGUUUCAGGAGGCGCAAGAUUUCCUCAGCGUGCAAUCCUACAUUUCGCCGAACUUGUACGACGAUGAGCUUGAUAGGCUCCAAAGAAGAAUAUGUGAGAGAACCGGCCGAUGGCUUCAACGAGAACAGGUCUUGAACUACUGGCUGGAUGCGAGUAACGCCGCCACAAGAGUCCUCUGGAUGCAAGGUAUCCCUGGCGCAGGGAAAACUCAUAUCGCCUCUAUGAUGGUGGAAAAGCUAAGACAAUCCUCAAAGACCGUGCUCUUUGCAUUCUUGAGCUACAGAGGAAAUGAUGUGACUCCAGUCUCGAUCAUACAUUCCCUCAUGUUUCAACUCGCCAUUGGUGAUGACCAAUUCAAUGAAUCACUGAAGAGGGAUUUGCGUGCCAAGAUCUCUAAUGCAUUUCGCUCGAGCCAACGAAAUUUGAAAAGCAACACCCGAUUUGCUCGCGAAACCUUAACAGAGUUACUCAAAUGUGUCGGACCGGCUUACAUUAUUCUUGACGGUCUAGAUGAGGUCUCCAAAAGUGAAUACAUGGUGGACAUACUGAAUGAGCUUCUGCAGGUGCUGGACGACUCCACUGAAGUGAAACUCUUCAUAAGCAGCAGAGCACAAGAAGAAAUUGGUAGGACACUUAAGAAGGCAUCUGCCAAAGAGAUCCGCGUCGAUGAGAGAAACAGCGGAUGUAUCCACGCAUAUGUUUCGGUCACAACCGAAAAUUGGCUCAGCCAGUCAGGUUAUGACCAAAAGGAUUGUGGGGAGAUUAAAAGCUUACUAACUCCGCUUUCAACUAAAGCUAGAGGAAUGUUUCUCUACGCGAGAGUCGUCAUGGAUAAUGUGCAGAUGUGCUACACUUCAGAGAUGGUCAAAAGUGAGCUCAGAGUUCUCCCGGAAGACUUACACGAAGCGGUUCUUGACCGCUUAAACAAACUACCACCGUCAUCGAGCACAUUGUGUCGACGAGCGUUAGGAUGGAUAGGGUGCACACCAGUCUCAAUCACUGUGGAAGAGAUGAGCUUUGCUCUGAGUCUCGAUCCCGAUGGCAAGAGAGACUUGCCCCGAUCGGAGAGUUUGCUAAAUGUAGUCGGGCUCUGUGGGCCUAUUGUGGAGAUAUCAAACGGUUAUGUCAGCUUUGUGCACUUCACAGUCAAGGAGUAUCUCUUCGACAAAGAAAAUGAUACGUUUCUUCACGCGUUGGAAGCGACCACCGAGAUGACUAAGACUUGUCUUUAUUACUUGUCAUCCGACAUAUUUGACAUUGGAAUCGAGCCUGAAAUGAUUGAGGAAAACAUAUUGACCGGCUUAUAUCGAUUACAUUGGUUUGCUACGACUCAAUGGAUCGUAUUGCUCCAAGAGUGCGAAAGGCUGCUGGGCAGCUGCGACUUACCAGAGCCCCUACUUCUCGCGCUGAAACAUUUUGCCCACGAAUGCGAAAACGGAAAUUUCGAGGGUACAGUGGACUUGAGUUCUCAAUCAGAUCACGAGUUCUCCACGUUAAGACAGAAGGAACCGGCACUACAACGGCUUCUCGUUCAGGAGCUUCAUUUUCGCCGCAUGGAUGUGGGCGACUGGAAGGUAGAAGAUGACGAUGAAGGUAUUUUCAAGCAAUUGAUCUAUAGAUUCAGAAAAGAAUGUAAAGAUUACUGA